AUGACCCAAAGGAUUACUUCAUGUACUGUUUCCGAAGUACCUGAACGUUUAUGCACUUCUUCCAUGGACGCACUACGAAUCUCACCGUUUACUGCCGAUGUAUGCAGAAUAGAGCACACUCAGUUCGGUGAAGUUUAUAUUUGUAGAGUGUGCAAUGUGAAAUGCACUGGUAAAGCGCCAUUUUCCCAGCAUAUAUCUGGAUCACAUCAUAGAAAAAACUGCAAUACCAAUACCUAUUUCUGUAACGAGUGCAAUACAAGCCUUAAUUCUUCUGAACAAUAUGCCCUACAUUGCAAUGGAUCAAAGCAUAUGCGGAAUACAAUUUCUUCUUCUGACAAUUCUAUGUCUGAACAGUUGGGAGUUGAGCAACAAUUCAAUAAAAGCGACAACGUUCCUUACUUCUGCAUACCUUGUGGUCUUAGUUGCUCUUCUAAAGAGCAACUGGAUUCUCAUUUCUUAGGUAAAAAACAUAAGAAGCAAUGUAAAAAAUAUAAGCCAUCUGCAUCAGGUCACCUGUCGGGGUAUGUUUUGAAUGCACAAUUAAGUCAACCGAUUGGCCAACCUGACUUUUUCUCUUCAAUGCCUACUUUAUUCAACACAGCUAGUGAGAAUUCGCCAAACUUUUGGUUCCCAAAGUUGGUUCCUUGUAUAAGGAAUAUCAUAGAGCUGGAGUCUAAAUUGACAUUAACAAAUAACUUUCCUCCGUUUUUGGCUUCAGUCACUCCCUGUUCAUAUCAGGAGCGAACAGAUUUAAAGAGUGAUCUUUCACCCAACCAGCAGGAUAAUGGCGACUCUUCUGAGCCCAAACAGUUUUGUAGACACGGCGAAUGUAUUCUGAUGAGAUCACUGCAGUUUUAUGAAGGUGAUUUAAAUACAAGAAUUGGUAAUCCUGGAUGA